CCCACUGGCGCAUGGCAAAAAUCGCCUUGCUUUCCCUCGCUUUCUCGUCCACAAAUCCUAUUAAGGUCCAUGCAUUUCUUCUCUCCAUCAGAGUAUUAUCCCUAUAGAUACUACUUCUCUCCUCCCCCGUCUUGAUUCUCCCUACGCUCCGCGGCUCUCGCAUCCGUCCAGAUCGUCGCGCUCUCUUUUGAUAUCUCAUCAUUCACCCUUCUCGCCGUCAUUACGAACUUUAUCGGCCAAACUUUCGCCACUGCGAUGUGUUUAUGGUUCCGCUGUACCUCAAUUCAUCUACAUCGUUGAUACUAGCUUGGUCCAUUCACCAGCUCCAGACCCUCUUCUAAUAAUAAUCAUCAUCAUAAAAACAACCACACUCACCUCACUCUUGAUCAUUGCUUUUUCGACUCUCCCCUCAUCAGAUUUACAUAUCCACUUGUCACCUCUGCACAUACUAUACUACCUACUACUGUGUUUCUUUUUCGAAAUGGCGACUCAUGUUGUUACUACCACCACCUCUCCGAUCAACCAUAUUUCCAUCUACGGCCAUCCCUCUCCUAUGAACUCCGCAACAACCACUCCUGCCAACAACUCGCCCACCUCUCCUCGUCUUCAGUAUCUCCCUCUGCAGACUCGCCAGCUGCGUCCUCCAAAGGCCCCUCUCUAUGUUCCUGCUGCCUUGCGUCCCACUGAGCGGCCUCAAAAGCCCUCCCCUCCCACUCCUCCCCGCAGCAUUCACGGUUCUUUCGACAGUCUAAACGAUGGCGAGACUAGUGAUACUGUCAGCCGUCGCUCCACCUUGGAGAGUGUUGCCAGUGGAGGCAUCAGCAAGCUAGCUGAGGAUGAGUGGAUGAAAAACGAACACCUCGGAGAGGUUACUGGUCUUCCCACCAGAGAUCACUGGAAGGCUGACUCUGCGUCGCGCAGCUGUGACUCUCCUACCUGCCGUUCCUCCUUUGGUCUUUUCCUCCGUCGUCAUCACUGUCGCCAUUGCGGCCAUGUCUUCUGUUCCUCUCACACGCCUCAUAUGGUCCCUCUCGACCAGGAUGCUCGCUUCCAUCCUGAAGGCAUCCCCUCGCGAGCCUGCGACCUUUGCUGGAGUGCCUACCAGCGCUGGGAAGAGUCACGUGCUGACCGUCUCAGCAAGAUCCAGAGCUUGAUCAACGCCCAAAACGCCAGCCCAAAUGCCGUGGAGCCCAUCGAUGCAGACAGCCCUCCUGCCUUGGAGCAUGCUGGUUUCUCGCAGGACGAGGGCAUCAAGUCGGCGUUUGCCAACGUGCUCAACCAGACUACUGAGAUCGCUGCGAGCAUCCCUCGAGGCUGGAACUGGAGCACUUUCUAAUCAUCAUCGAUGAUGGUCGGCCAAUUUUUUAUUUGGGCCCUGUCACAUUGAUCUCACAAAACCUCAUCUACUGCAAAUACUUCACUUCGACAUGACACAUAUUCUAGAACAUCUUCUGUCCCAUUUUAUCGGGCCCUGUUUCGCACCUUUUACAUUUCAAAUCAUCUACCUGGAGUUCGGGCGGGAUCUUUUUUUUUUUUUUCUUUCUUU